AUGUCACGCUCACCAGAAAAGUAUUCCAGUCGAUCGCCCGAUGCAAGGAUGAGUCCUUCUCUUUCACCUGCCAGAUCAAGGCGGCCUGAUGUGGAGGAAGCUCCUGCCAAACGAAUGCGAACGGAUCGAAAAGUGGAAGAUAAAGCCAGGGGUAAAAGAUUAUUCGGUAAUAUCCUGGGGACAUUACAGAAGUUCCAAAAAGAUGAUAAAUCAUCAAGGACAAGUGAAGCUGCCAAGAGGAGAGAGCAAGUUUCAGAGAGGAUAGCAGCUAAAUUAAGAUCUGAAACUACAUUACAUACAGAGAUAUUAGAUUCCGAAAAAGAAUUGAAAAGUCUCAAGAUAAAUACUGAGAGUGCGGAAUACGUAUUAAAGCAUAAACAAGUAGCGCUUAAAGCACGUCAUGAUUUCCUUGAACCAACCUCAAAAUUCCUUUAUACAUCACUACCUCCCCCAGAACCAUUAAUAUUCGAAAGUAAUCUACUCAACCCAUCACCUAUACCUUUAUCCAAAGGACCAGGGAGAGAACCUCCUCAUGGAAAGGAUUUAGCACCAUUAUACUAUUUACCUAAAAUACUGCUACCUCAUCAAACGUCAGCUUUGAAAUCUCGUCAAGCAAAUUUAUCCGAAUUAAUCUCAGAAGAAAUAGACACCUUAGAAAAGGAGAAGGAGAAAGUUGAAAGUACAUCAAUAACGAAUCGGAAGAGAAUUGAAGAGUUAUCAGACAAGUUAGUUGAAUUGAGACAACAAGUGAAACAUACCAAUGAAGAAGGAGGGGACAGUCAAGGAGCAAGUGGUAGUAGUAGGAGAAGAGGAGGCGGUGGAAGAGGUAGAGAUGAAAGAGAAGAUGAUUUCGGCAGAACACCAAGGGAAGAAAUGGAUCUCGAUCGAGACAGGGAAAAAGAUGGCGAAGAAAGAGGUGUUGUAAUCAAAGGUGAUGAAGGCGAUAUCGAAGUGGAAUAUUGA